AUGGCCAGCUCGGCUUCCCUGGAGACCAUGGUGCCCCCGGCCUGCCCGCGCGCUGGAGCGUCGCCGGCCACUUCCAAGACGCUGGCCUUCUCCAUCGAGCGCAUCAUGGCUAAGACGUCGGAGCCCCGUGCGCCCUUUGAGCCCCGGCCGGGGACGCUGGAGGCAGACGGUGGCCAGGGCAAGAAAUUGCUCAACCUCUGCUCGCCGCUGCCCUGUAUGAUCCCCCUCCAGCCCCUAGGCUACGAGGUGCCGUCCAAGACGCUGCUCAGUUACUCGGAGCUCUGGAAAAGCAGCCUCCGGGCGGGCGGCGGUGGAGGAGGAGGAGGAGGAGGAGGCGGCGGCGGUGGCGGGGGGGCCCCGGUGUGCGGCGCCAGCGGCUUGUGCAAAACCAACUGUGGCGUGUGCUGCAAGGCCGAUCUGGGCCUGGCGCCGUCUGCGCUGCCGGCGGGCAGGGUCAUCAAGCCGCAGGUCAUCAACCAGGCGGUGGGGCUGCCGGCCAGCGGCUCCCUCUACUACUUCAACUACCUGGACUCUGCCGCGUACCCGCCGUCUGAGCUCCUCGGAGGCCACCUCUUCCCAUCCGGCCUCCUCAAUGCACAGGCCCCCGCUGCCCUAGCUGCGCACCCCAAGCUCUUUUUGCUGGAGAACGCCAAGUUGGCCGGCCUGGCCGCGGACAAGUUCCCCCAUCCGUCCCCCUAUACCCAUAAGGAGCGCUUGCCCGCGCCGCUGGAGCAGGUGCUGAAGGAGAACUCGGCUCUGACCGCAGAGCGCGGCGGCGUGAAGGGCCACAGCAAGCUGCCCGGGGGCUCUGCGGACGGCAAGCCCAAAAACUUCACCUGCGAGGUGUGCGGCAAGGUGUUUAAUGCUCACUAUAACCUCACCCGCCACAUGCCGGUCCACACCGGAGCCAGACCGUUCGUGUGCAAAGUCUGCGGCAAAGGCUUCCGCCAGGCCAGCACGCUCUGCAGACACAAAAUUAUCCACACCCAGGAAAAGCCGCAUAAAUGCAACCAGUGCGGCAAAGCCUUCAACCGCAGUUCCACGCUCAACACGCACAUCCGCAUCCACGCGGGCUACAAGCCCUUCGUCUGCGAAUUUUGCGGCAAAGGCUUUCACCAAAAAGGGAAUUACAAGAACCACAAGCUGACCCACAGCGGCGAGAAGCAGUACAAAUGCACCAUCUGCAACAAGGCCUUCCACCAGGUCUACAACCUGACCUUCCACAUGCACACCCACAACGACAAGAAGCCUUUCACGUGCGCCACUUGCGGCAAAGGGUUUUGCAGAAACUUUGACUUAAAGAAACACGUGCGCAAACUCCACGACAGCGUGGGGCCUGCUGCCCCCUCCACAAAGGACCUGACUCGGACAGUGCAGAGCUGAGAGCUACUGCCUCGCCCUCCCUUCCAGCCCCGUCCAGCCCCCAAACAGAUCACACGUAUAAACUUAUUUCUAAAAUUAAAAGAAAAUUAAAAAAAAAAACUAUAGCAGAGAGGCUAAAAUCUAUUUAUCGAAACCAGCAUAUUUUUUGGAAAGCUAAACGUUUCCUCGAUGACUGGCAGCAAACGCGUGGCUCCCACCUUUGUGUAUUCGGGAAACUUAUUUAAACCCAGUGCGCUGAAACGCAUUUCCUCCCAGGCCUCCGCUUCUCGGGCGGCGGGUUUUCACCCCAGCCUGUCACGUGAACGCCCCGGAAGAGCGCGGCGCCCCCAGCCAUCUUUAUACAGCCAUGUAAAUCCUCCUGUUACAAGCGAACUCGGAAUAUAUACAUGUCUAACACAAUAAACAGAAUCACUAGUGCUCGUUUUCUUUCCCCCCCGCCUCCCCUCGCCGCCAGGUCAGCUCAGCAACCCCAGAGAAGGAGAAGGAAACAGGCGUUUAUAGCAUUUCCCUGCCCAAAUGCGACUUCCUUUGGGGUGCUGGGACCAGGGUGAAGCCAAACCCGUGUUCCUGCGGCGCUUGCAUGUUAAGAGCCACCACCACACACCCCCCCA